ACCCAAAAAUUUUGGGUGUUACAAAGAUAUUUCUUGGUCAAAGCAACGGUUGGUUCUUGGCGUGUCCCAACUAUUUGCCAAGCAAUUGCAAUUCAGGAAACACAAGGGUUUUAGUUGGCGUAUAGACAUAGCUUGAUUGCUCCGUCGCCAUUCACAAUUCCAUUAAUGAUCAAACUAAAUUUAUUUUUCAAUUAUCAAAUCUUCUGCAACUAAUCGAAGAAUUUGAAGAAUGGCGCAGGGUAAAUCAAUUGGAAGUGGCUCAAAUUUGGCCCCUUUUUUGAUCAAAUGCUAUGAUAUGGUUGAUACUGAAUCUACGGAUAACAUUAUUUCUUGGAGUGAAUCAAAUGAUAGUUUUGUUAUUUGGGAUAUGACUGAAUUUUCUCGCGAUUUGCUCCCUGCUUACUUCAAGCACCGCAAUUUUUCUAGUUUUAUGCGCCAACUUAACAUUUAUGGCUUCAGAAAAGUUGAUACAGAUCGUUGGGAAUUUGCAAAUGAAGGCUUCGUCAAGGGCCAAAAGCAUUUGUUACAGAACAUUAAAAGAAGAAAACAUCCUCAGAAUACAGUACAGAAGAAUCAGCAGCAGGACCAAGUGCUAUGUGUUCCCGAUGAAGUGGAUUAUAUCAGCUUACAAAAAGAAGUGGAGAUUCUCAAGACCGAUAAAAGCGCAUUGAUGCAAGAAUUAGUCAAACUCAGGGAACGCCACGAGUCAUCACAGAACAAUUUACUCCUCUUAAGGGAACGUCUCCAGGGGAUGGAGAAUAAUCAGCAGCAACUGCUUUCAUUUUUAGUGAUGAUUAUGCAGAGCCCGGGCCUUCUGUCUCAGCUAUUUCAACCUAAAGAGAACAGUUGGCGUGUAGCCGAAGCUGGAAAAAUCGUAUUAAACGACGAUGCUGUGAUUGUCAGGUAUCAGCCUCUGCCAGAUAGUGCUCCUUCGCCUUCUCUGGCUCCGUCUUUGGAUCCUGAUAAAACAGUUGAUCAUGAUGUAUCCUUCGAUAGGGUUAAAGACUUCUUAAUGAAUUUCGAUUUCCCAUCAUCUCCAUUAGAUGAAAGCUUUCUUUCUGCUGAAAAUUAUGGUUCAAUUGUUCCAACUGAUGAAUUUGAUCUCGAUAAAUUGGAACAAUUUCUGCUAAGUAGCCCUGAUCGCGAUGAUACUAAGCAAGAUGAAGAAGAGACGAAAUCUGCAUUACAUGGUAUUGAAACCGAAAAUUGUGAGAUGAAUGAUUCGCCUUCAUGCUUUGGAUUCAACAAAGAUUCGUCGAGUUUGGAACAUUUGACGGAAAAAAUGGAAGGUUUAUCUCCUGGGAAUGUUUUUUUGUAGAUUAUUACUAACUAAUUGUGAUUUGCCUUCCAUAGGAAUCUGUUUUGUCAC